GACCAAUGAGCGUCGCUCUCGUGUUUGUUGUUGUUGCUGCUGCGGAGACUCAGCGGAGAAGAGACGCAGGGAGAAGCCGCUUCGCUCGUAGUUUUACUUUUAUUUUCCUUUUCCUUUCAGUUUUCAGUGUUGGAGUGAACAUGUCGGUGAACAUGGAUGAACUGCGCCACCAGGUCAUGAUUAACCAGUUUGUUCUGACCGCGGGCUGCGCCGCAGAUCAGGCCAAGCAGCUGCUCCAGGCGGCGCACUGGCAGUUCGAGACGGCUUUAAGUUCCUUCUUCCAGGAGGUGAACAUUCCCACUCACCACCACCAGAUGAUGUGUACUCCGAGAAACACGCCCGCCACUCCUCCUAACUUCCCCGAUGCCAUCACAAUGUUUUCCAAACUCCGGGCGUCGGAGUGCAGUUCCAGUGCCGGCAGUGGCCCCGCCCAGGCGUCCACGGCCUGCUCCCCCCCAGUCCCUUCAUCCACGUCAGGUUUUGGUUCAUUCUGGGCUUCCUCGCCACCUGGCAAUCAGUCAGUCUGGAUGCCGCCGCCGCCGCCACCUUCUGGCCACCACAUGCAUCACCACCACUACCACAUGCAGCAGACUCCCAUCAUGUGGCCGCCUGUCUCUCAGCCCGGCGGCUCCCAGCAGUCCCCCGUCGUGUCCGCGCUCCACAGUCAGAGAUGAGACUGGUGCAAGGGCGGGCGGCAAGGGGCGGAGCCAGGCAGCGGGUUCAAGUGGAGUGAAUGAGUUAUGGAUGCAGAAGGACAAAGUGGUGGUGGGUCAUCAUGGUGUGGGAGGGGUUUCACGUGUGGAACAAGAGGAAGAGACAAGGACCCUGCGGUCAGAAGACGAGCACGUGGACAGACCUUUGAACCUUGAGGGGACGGACUCGGGUCCAGAGCACUGAACGAGCCGCUUACAGAGUCUGAGUUUACGCAUGGAGGACAAAAUCGCCUGAUUCCGCCUCUGAAGGUGGCGCUGUAUCUCUCCAUAAACUAGUGUGUAUUGAAUCAGUUUAUGUGACAGAAAAACAAACAGUGGACAGUGAGAUUAAGAGACAUUGAGAAAAGUGAAUUAUUGUCUUAAAAUCUGUCUAAAAUUGGACUUUGAACAUGAAUGUAAACACUGAGUGUCGCAGAAAUAAAGCCAACAACACA